AUGCUUUUCAUCAAAACUUCGAGCGUUGCUUUUUCUUUUCUGUUUACCCAAACUGUGGGCUAUUUAAACUUAUUCUUGUUAUACUCGAUGUUCGUUACAAAAAUUGUCUCGAAAAAACAGGAUCUUAGCUUAAUCUACUUUAGACUGGCAAUCGACAUGGUUUACUCAUUUUGUGCAUGCUCCAUCCAAGGAUAUUACAUUUGUAGGCAGAUAAACGAUGAGCUGGUCAUCAAAAACCUAUCAUUUUUCCUCACUUGGCCAACAAACGUAUGCAUCACCAUUCGGCCUAUUCUUGUAAUCCUCAUUAACCAGGACAGAAUCUUUGCUACCUGCUUUCCAAUAUCAUACCACAUUCAUCGCCACAAAAUCUCAACAAGUGAUGUUUCUUUAUUCCUGCUGGCUUGUGCACUUUUCAAUCAAUACAUCCUUUUUGGAUACUGUAGAAAUGUGAUAGAUGUUCCAUUAGAAUGUGAUAAUUUUAAGUGCACUGUGAACGAGUGUUAUUAUGGUUUCUGGCUCUCAUUUGAACACUAUUCAUAUGUUCUAAUUGUGAUCUUGUCGGCAACUAUAGUUAUUCGCCUUUACAUGUGUUAUUUGAAAGGAACGCAAUUGAAUGCAGUUUUUGCAAGAGCAACUCUCAUUGCAUUGAUUGAUUCAAUUAUAAUAUUAACCUUCAAUGCUCUCCCACCAACGGUGCUCAAACAAUUCCCGAAUAUUAAUUUCGAUACAGUUGGUCCUGUUUUAACAGCGUUCAAAAAUGCUGGUUUUGUCAUUGAAGCGUUCAUUGUUUUAAAAAUUAUGUUCAGGGAAACAAAUUUGGUCAAUACGAUAAAUAAUUGA